AUGUCUUCCCGACCAGCGCCUGGUACACGGCGGUCAGUCAAGACCGAGUAUAUCACCACAGAUACGGGCAACAAGAUCUCAAGACGCUCAAAUAUCGAGGGCAAACAGAACAUCAUGCUCGGUGGCAAGUCUGUGGUCAUGGCUGGCGUUCACAUGCGAGGCGAUCUGCACCUGAUAGAAAAGCCGCCCGCUGAAGGUGAGAAGCCUCGACCUCCAAGAACAGCCAUUAGCAUAGGCAAAGCCAGUAUCGUGUCGACCAACUGCAUUCUCCACCCUCCCAUGCGACUACAUCACGGCGAAAUGACAUUUUACCCCAUGAGGAUAGGCGAUAAUGUGUUCAUUGGCGCUGGCACGCAUGUAUCCGCCGCUGUGAUAUCCUCACAUGUGCAUAUUGGCGAGAAUUGUGUUCUUGGUUCUUUCAGCAUGCUCAAGGAAAGCUGCAAAGUUCUGCCAAACACAGUCGUACCGCCCAAUAUGAUCGUUCCGCCAGGCUGCAUUGUUGCAGGUCGACCAGCUCGCAUCAUCGGCGAAGUUGGUGACGGUUGGGGCCAGUCUGUGGGCGGAGGCGAGGGUGAGGAGCUUGUUGAAGGUGGCGAUCUCAGACCAUUAGUCAGGAAGAUUGAGUGA